GAGGACAGCUGUAGCCAGGCAUCUGAGAUUUAACGCUUUCAUUUUUCUUCUGUCCGUUGGAGCCCUCUGGGUGUUUGAAGCUGCAGAGAUGAUCAGCAGGAACACCAAGAACGUUCUUGUGGUGUCCAUAGGUUUCCUGUCCCUGUUCACAGCCUAUGGAGGUCUGCAGAGCUUACAGAGCAGCUUGAAUGCGGAAGCAGGGAUGGGCGUGGCUUCUCUGAGCGUCAUCUACGCUUCCAUCAUCCUGUCCUCCAUGUUCCUGCCGCCCAUCCUCAUCAAGAACCUGGGCUGCAAGUGGACCAUCGUGGUCUCCAUGGGCUGCUACGUCGCCUACUCUUUUGGAAACCUCUCCCCCGGCUGGUACACCCUGAUCCCCACCUCCUUCAUCCUGGGUAUGGGGGGCUCCCCCUUGUGGUCAGCUAAGUGCGCUUACCUCACCAUCGCUGGCAACCUGCAGGCACCCAAGGACAACAAGAAGAGUGCUGAUGUCAUCAACCAGUAUUUUGGCAUCUUCUUCCUCAUCUUCCAGUCCUCAGCUGUCUGGGGGAACCUCAUGUCCUCGCUUAUCUUUGGGCAGGACACUAAUAUAGCGGACAUUCCUGAGGAGGACCUGCAGCUCUGCGGAGCCGGGACCUGCGAGGAGAUCAUCUUUAACUCCACCUCCAACUCCACCAGACCUGAGAAGAAGCUGAUCUACACGCUGGUGGGCAGCUACAUUGGUGUGGGCGUGCUGGCCAUGAUCAUCGUGGCGGUGUUCCUGGACAACAUCGACAGUGAGCAGACGAGGGAGUUCCGGGGGAACCGCGAGCCGUUCUGCAGCACGUUCCUGGCCACGUUCCGUCUGCUGAAGGACUGGAGGCUGGUCACUCUCAUUCCCCUCACCAUGUACAGUGGGUUUGAACAGAGCUUCCUGUCUGGGGAGUACACCAAGAACUAUGUGACCUGCGCCCUAGGGAUCCACUUUGUUGGCUUUGCCAUGAUUUGUUUUGGAGCUUCCAAUUCUCUCUGCUCCUACGGCUUUGGCCGGCUGGCAGAAUACACAGGCAGAGCCCCUCUCUUUUUCAUAGCUGCUGUCACCAACCUGUCCUGUAUCCUGGCUCUGUUGUUCUGGAAGCCUCACCCAGACCAGCUUCCUGUCUUCUUUGUGUUUCCUGCUCUCUGGGGCCUGGCAGAUGCUGUGUGGCAGACUCAGACCAACGCUCUAUAUGGGGUGCUGUUCCCCAGAGAUAAGGAGGCUGCCUUUGCAAACUACCGCAUGUGGGAGUCUCUGGGCUUCGUCAUUGCCUUCGCCUACAGCAACUUCAUCUGCCUGGACUUUAAGAUUUAUAUCCUGCUGGCCAUGCUGGUGCUCACCACGGUAACGUAUCCCAUCGUGGAGUACCAUGAGUGGCGCAACCCCACCCCUCCCAUGGAGGAGGGGGCCUACGAACAACACUCAGGGAACAUGCCGGAAGCAGCAAUGGACAAAAAUGUCAUUGCUCAGACCAGCUUGUAGACGUUUUCUCAAGAAGGCGUGUUUAAAUUUGUCUGUUUCUGAUUUAUAUACAUACAAUCGAUGUUGUUGUUCUUGCACUAUUUGUACAGUAUUCGCCUGCAGCUACUGAACCUGUCAAUAUCAAAUUUGAUUAAAUGUGUAUUAUAGGAAUAAGGUGUUAUAUUUUACUAUAUUUUCUUAAAACAUGUAUUACAUUUUACAAUUUGGGGGGGAUACAUGUAAUUUUCUAUCACUUGCCAAUUAUUCAAAGCGUACAAGAUUGAUAAAAUGUCAAUAAAACAUCGACAUACAGAAAAACAUAA